AUGGCCUGGGUCAGCAGGGCCAACCUCGCCGUGGCAAAGUCGCCUGUGGGCCGCUACUUUCGCCUUCAAGGCUCGGGUCACAAGAAGGAGCGCAAGAACACAUAUUUCUUCACCGAGAUCCGCGCUGGUCUCGCGACCUUCUUCGCCAUGGCUUACAUCAUCUCGGUGAACGCAGCCAUUGUCUCGCAGUCGGGCGGCACAUGCAAGUGUCCCCCAGAGUCAAUGGCAGAUCUCUGCGAUUCAAAUGCCGAAUACAUGCAGUGCGUACAGGAGAUCAAGCGAGACAUGGUCACGGCAACAGCAGCCAUCGCUGCCCUCACAACAUUCUGCAUGGGUCUCUUCGCCAACAUGCCCAUCGGUCUCGCUCCGGGAAUGGGCCUCAACGCGUACUUUGCCUACACUGUUGUUGGAUACCAUGGCAGCGGUCUUGUCCCAUACGAGAUUGCCCUUGCUGCAGUGUUCGUUGAAGGAUUCGUCUUUGUCGGCCUCACUGUCCUUGGUAUUCGUCAAUGGCUCGCCCGUGCCAUUCCCUCAUCCAUCAAGCUCGCCACGGCAGUCGGUAUCGGCCUCUACCUCACCCUUAUUGGCCUGACAUACUCUGCUGGUAUUGGCGCUGUAACUGGCGCCACUGCCGUUCCUAUGGAACUUGCCGGCUGCCGCCCAUCCGCAAAGGACCCCACCACCGGUCUCUGCCCCUCAUCCGACAAGAUGAGGAAUCCCACCAUGUGGAUUGGCAUUUUCUGCGGCGGCGUCUUCACUGUUUUCCUCAUGAUGUUCCGCGUCAAGGGCGCAAUCAUCUGCGGCAUUCUUCUCGUCUCAAUCAUCUCGUGGCCUCGUAACUCGGCCGUCACCUACUUCCCCCACACACCACUCGGUGACGACGCUUUCAACUUUUUCAAAAAGGUCGUCACCUUUACUCCCAUCAAGCACACGCUCAACGUCAUCGACUUCAACAUCUCGAGCCACGGCGCUCAGUUUGGACUUGCCUUCAUCUCCUUCCUCUAUGUCGACAUUCUCGACGCAACUGGCACGCUGUAUUCGAUGGCCCGCUUCGGUGGCUUCCUGAACCCCCGCACUCAGGACUUUGAGAACUCGUCCAUCGCUUACUGCGUCGACGCCCUCGGUAUUUCUAUCGGAUCGCUCUUUGGUGCUCCCCCCGUCACCGCCUACAUCGAGUCGGGUGCGGGUAUUGCCGAGGGUGGCCGUACUGGUCUCACCGCGAUUGUCACCGGCCUGUGCUUCUUCAUCUCAAUCUUCUUCGCUCCAAUCUUUGCCUCAAUCCCUCCCUGGGCGACAGGAUGCACGCUCAUCAUCGUUGGCGCACAGAUGGCCGCCGAAGCCCGCCACAUCAACUGGAAGUACCUCGGCGACUCGGUCCCCGCGUUCCUCACCAUCGCUAUCAUGCCCUUCACCUACUCGAUCGCGUACGGCCUCAUUGCCGGUAUCUGCUCGUACAUUCUCCUCAACACUGCCGUCUGGCUCAUCGAGAAGGCGACCCGUGGCAAGAUUUCUCCCCCUAACAAGCAGGACAAGGAGCCCUGGACGUACAAGAUCGAGGGUGGCUUCUUCCCCCCUUGGGCGUACCGCAUCAGCCGUGGCAAGAAGGACUUUUGGCGCGAGGACGACGACGAGUUUGAGUCUGAGGACGGUGGCGUUACCCCGGUCGACGAUGAGGCUCGUGCAGUGGAGGAGAAGUCGUACGAGGCCAGUGAGUCUGACGCCAAGGCCAACCCCAACCCCAAGCUUGAGGUUUAA